AUGGCGGACCACAUGAGCAAGUUCAACGAGUACAGGUCUCUUCCUGUUGGCGAACAAGCCAAGGUGUUCCUGCGCCCGUUCGUGCUGGAGUUCCAGGGGCGGUUCCAGGAGAUCCUCGACAUCGCUGACGACUUUACCCGCUUCGCUGCCAACCCCAACGCCACCGUCGUCGAACUCAACGAGUUCGAGGGUCACCUCUUCCUCGAGAAACGCGGCGAGGCGAUGACGGUGGUGAAGAUGCGGGAGCACCUGAAGGACAUCGACUUCUCCGGUCGCACCAAGCUCUCCUUCAUCGAGUACCUCAUGUUCAAGUACCACAAGACCCUCGCCCAGCUCUUCGCCCCGCCUCCCGCCGGUGGUGUGCCGGCUGCGCUGCUGGCGGCGCUCGACACGGCCAUCGAUUCGUACAUCGGGACCAAGCGGGCGCAGCAGCAGCGGCUCGAGGAGAUGAAGCGGCUCGAGGAGACGGCCCAGUCGGGCAAGCGCACCGUGCAGAGCGUGCAGGCCCAGAACAAGAUCAAGGAGCUCGAGGGCCAGGAGUUCUCCCAGAAGUUCGCUGAGAUGCGCGCCCUCAAGGCCAAGAAGGAGGCCGAACUGGCGGUGGCGAAUGCGCCCAAGAUCGAUCCGUACGAGGAGGAGCAGAAGAGGCUGGCCGAGGAGCAGCGGCAGAAGGAGGAGGCCGAACGCAAGGCCAAGGAGGAGUCCCGCAACCGCCUCAAGAACCGCGCCGCCUUGUUCGGCAACUGA